AUGGAGAAUUCACAAGAUUUAUGCAACACAGAGGGAGAUGGGGAUGGAAGGAAGGCCGUGGCUUCUACUUCUUAUACCCCAACAGCAGGUAGCUCUGGGUAUCGGUUGUUUGGUCGUCAAGGGUCAGUGCACAACUCCUUGGGUGGAGGUCAAGCUGCUGAUGUUUUGUUGUGGAAGCGGGGGCGUGUUUCCUUUGGUGCUAUCGUUGUUGCUACAAUUUCUUGGCUCCUCUUUGAGCGGUCUGGAUUAUCAUUCUUAUCAAUUUGUUCAGAUGUCUUGCUGAUUUUGGUUGUACUGUUAUUUCUUCGAGCCAACUAUGCUGUUUUCAGAAAUAAACAAUUACAAACAUUACCGGAGCUAGUACUAUCAGAGGAAAUGGUUAAUAAUGCUGCAGCAUCAUUUCGUGUCAAAAUCAACAAUGUGCUGCUUAUGGCUCAUGACAUCACGCUUGGCAAAGACUUUAGACUGUUCUUCAAGGUGGUGGUUUGUCUGUGGCUAUUGUCUGUCAUAGGCAGCUUUUUCUCAUUCUUUACACUUGCUUAUAUUGGUUCAAUCAUAUCAAUAACACUUCCUGCCUUGUACAGCAAAUAUGAAGAGACUGUGGACGGGUGUUACGGAAAGAUCCACCGACAAUUUUCAAAGCAUUAUAAAAUCGUGGAUGAGGGUGUUUUCAACAGACUUCCGAGAACUGUACCCAAGGACAAAGAUUCCUAA